GAAGCAGAUGAUAAAAAAGUUGAAGCACUCCGAGUUGCCAAAACUUCUGAUGCUGCACCGCCGGAUACCUCGGAGAAAAGCGAAGGCGGCGAAGCUGUUCCGUUUAGUUUUGAUGAUGAUCCGGGCUCUAAUAAUAGUGGAUUUUAUGAAUUACAGGCUGUUUUAACACACAAAGGGCGCUCAUCGAACAGUGGACAUUACGUUGGAUGGGUUCGUGUAAAAGGCAAGCACUGGGCUAUGUGCGAUGAUGAUGAGGUGCAUCCGGUGACUUCUGAUGAUAUUCUGAGACUUUCUGGUGGUGGCGAUUGGCACUGUGCCUACGUAUUGCUCUACGGACCAAGAGUGCUUAAGAAGUGA